GAAAGAAAGGGAUCUGGGCUUCAGUUUGGUUUAGAUCUGAGAAGGAGAGUUACUCAGCGCCAGAUCAGUCCGCUUCCUCCUCUCGCCUGGAUUUUCUUUAUUAUUUUUUAAUUUUAUUUUAUUUUUGGGGGAUUUAUAACCAGAAAGAAGUGUUUCGUCUCCAAAAGACAGCAAGGAUUUUGGUGCACUUUGUUUCUUCUUGGGAAUGAAUCGCAUUGAAGUACAUGCUACCAAUUGUACCGGUGACAAAAAGCAGAUCUGAAGCCGUUAAAAGUGAAUCUGUUUCAGGCUGAGACUGACCGACAUGGAUUAUGUGACUUUCUGUUUUAUUCACUCCUAGCAAACACAAACAAUCCAUUCCGCAGCGAUCCUGGAGAAAACACGCUUCCACCCGCCUGGUUGUUUACAGUCUGAUCGGCCGAAUGCAUGCAUAUUGAACAGAAUGCUGCAUUGCAUUUAAUGCAUGCUUUUGUUACUCUAGAUGCAACAAAAUAGCCUCCACUCUAAUGUUGCGGUUUCGCCACCAGUGCUCUCCAAUUGGCUGUGCAAGCACUGCACGGCGUUUCUGUCACCGUCAUUAAUGUUCUGCAAAGACACAAUAAUCUGUGGUAUAUCCGUUAAAUAAUAAUAACAAAAAACCUAAUAGAUAUUCAAGUUGUCGUAUGUUCAGGACGAAACGUUCAGGUCUUGUGCGGCGACUCUGGAGAAGCCGUUUGAUCCCAGAUAAAGAAGGGGGAGAUGGAAAUGGCAAAACUAGCACCGGAGACGGCUGUAGGGACGAUCUGUUCUGCAACAACCCAGAGAAAAUUCCCAAAACGGAGUUCAGACCGAUGACCCCCUCUGGCGGGUCUGUAGUCAGGGACGUGGGGGGUGUGUGCUCCAUGGAGAGCAGCGGCGCUUCGGACCAAGAAGAUGCGGGUGCGAUGUGCGUCCGGGAGCAACGAGGGAGCCCCCGCUCCAUCCAGGACAGCGAGUGCAGGACAGUAACGUGCUGCUUGUUCACUGACCGGGACCACUCCGAGCUCAGGGCUGCAGAGACGGCUCAGGGCGCCAGAGAUCCUGGCUCUUGCCACUUCAUGUUGAGGAGCCUCGGACCAGGAGGAGACAGCGGCUCUCCCGAGGCGCAGGAGGCGAUGCCGCGCGCGGUGCUGGAGCAGGAGCUGAAAUCAGCCACGUACUCCCUCCUGAAGAGGCUCAAGGAGAGGGCGCUGGAUACUUUACUGGAGGCGGUGGAGUCCAGGGGUGGCAUGCCGAGCGACUGUGUGAUGAUUUCCAGGACAGAGCUGAUUUUGGGCGGACAUGUGGCGUCCCCUCAGCUGCUGGCGUGUAAAGUGUACCGCUGGCCCGACCUGCAACAGUCAGCCCAGCUCAAACUGCUGUGUGAGUGCAGGAGCUUUGGGGUUCCGGACAGUCCAACAGUGUGCUGCAACCCCUAUCACUACAGCCGACUCUGUGGCCCAGAGUCACCUCCUCCUCCAUAUUCAAGGCUUUCCCCUAACGAAGAACACAAGCCACUGGAUCUGUCUGACUCCACUUUGUCUUACACUGAAAGCGAGGCAGCCAGCUCACCAAACAUCACACCGGGGGAGUUUUCAGAUGCCAGCAUGUCGCCCGAUGCCCCAAAGCAGAGCCACUGGUGUAAUGUGGCGUACUGGGAGCACCGGACUCGAGUGGGCCGCCUCUACACAGUGUACGAGCACUCUGUCAGUAUCUUCUACGAUCUACCUCAGGGCACAGGCUUCUGUCUGGGCCAGCUCAACCUGGAUCACCGCAGCAGCACCGUUCAGCGCACGCGAGGCAAAAUCGGCUAUGGGAUCCUUCUCAGCAAAGAACCAGACGGUGUUUGGGCGUACAACCGCAGCGAGCACCCCAUAUUUGUCAACUCGCCGACACUGGACAUGCCAAACAGCAGGACUUUGGUAGUGCGGAAAGUGAUGCCAGGAUAUUCAAUCAAGGUGUUUGACUAUGAGCGCUCGUGCCUCCUGAGGCACUCCACGGAAACGGACUUCCUGGAUGGACCCUAUGACCCCAACAGUGUGCGCAUCAGCUUUGCUAAGGGCUGGGGCCCCUGUUACUCAAGACAGUUCAUCACCUCCUGCCCCUGCUGGCUGGAGAUUCUCCUCAACAACCAUAGAUAACACUCACAAACUAUCCCAAAUAUCAUCUACCUAGAUUUAAUAUAAAGUUUUAUAUAUUAUAUGAAAUAUAUAUUAUACCUGUAAAUAAUGAGUCAUUUUUACAAUGUAAUUAUUUAUGUAUGGUGCAAUGUGUAUAUGGACAAGAGGACAAAAAAUGGAAAAAGCACUUUGGCAUAUAUAUAUAUAUAUAUAUAUAU